UGAUUUUUUUUUACUUUUAAGACUUUUUUCCUUUUUUCCAGUUGUUUUUAUUAAUCUCAGUGAAAGUCCGUUGACCAUUUCAAUAGAUGCAGCAUCAUUCUUUACACAGCUCUAUUACCGUUGAGUACUGACCUCUGGACGGCUGCUAAUAGUUGCUUCACCAGCCGCCGCUCAGAAUCUGUGCAAUAUAUUUACUUGCUAGCUCGGCCUUCGUUUGACUUAUCUGCAGCUUGAAGGUGAGCGUGGAAUCGUGGAUGUCCGGAAUGAUGAAUGGUAUGGACAGUUGCGCUCCUGCACAGAACGGCACGGCAUCGUCAAACUCAUCGCAGUCCGGCAUGGUUGAAGAAAGCAAAACCAACCUCAUCGUCAACUACCUGCCCCAGAGCAUGACCCAGGAGGAAAUCAGGUCCCUCUUCUCAUCCAUAGGCGAGCUCGAGUCAUGCAAACUCAUCAAGGAUAAAGUAACAGGUGGCGAGGAUGUUAGCGCGGGCAUGCCGGGAUACCGUGGCUCAGGUCAGAGCCUGGGCUACGGCUUCGUGAACUACGUACGUACGGACGACGCUGAGCGAGCCAUCAGUCAGCUCAAUGGCUUGCGUUUGCAGAACAAGACAAUCAAGGUGUCGUACGCGCGACCCAGCAGCGAGGCCAUCAAGGGGGCAAACCUCUACGUGUCGGGGCUACCCAAGAGCAUGACUCAGCAGGAUCUGGAGAACAUGUUCCGCGCAUUCGGAUCUAUCAUCACAUCGCGCAUCCUCUGUGACAACAUCACUGGACUGAGCAAGGGAGUUGGAUUCAUCCGCUUCGACCAGCGCGUGGAGGCAGAUCGCGCUAUCCAAAAACUGAACGGGUCAAUCCCUGAGGGAGCGAGCGAACCCAUCACUGUCAAGUUUGCCAACAAUCCUUCGAACAACAGCAAGACGGGAGUACCUCCCUUGGCAGCUUACCUCUCCCCCCUGGCUCGACGCUUCGGAGGACCAAUUCAUCAUCCAGCGGGCAGGUUCCGCUACAUUCCGCUGUCGCCGCUAACCAGACACUCAACCAUGGUGUUCCCUCAAGUGAAAACCAUAGAUUCUGUGCCUGAGGAGCCGACCAAUGUCACCACUGAUUUGAAAAGCAAGUUAGUGGACGGCGUUCCCCACAGGUAUUCGCCUGGCACUGGCGAGAAUCUCCUGGGCAACCAGCUUCUGCCCGGCUCUGCGCUCAGCGGCUCGGGCUGGUGUCUCUUCGUGUACAACCUCGCUCCCGAGACUGAAGAGAACAUUCUGUGGCAGCUCUUCGGGCCGUUCGGUGCCGUGCAAAACGUUAAAGUCAUCAGGGACCUGCAAACAAACAAAUGCAAGGGCUUUGGCUUCGUCACCAUGACCAAUUAUGAUGAGGCAGUCGUUGCAAUCCAGUCUCUGAAUGGCUACACACUUGGCAACAGAGUCCUGCAAGUGUCGUUCAAGACCAACAAACACAAAAGCUAAGGUGCUGCUACAGCUGCUCCUCCGUGACCUCCAUCCUUAUGUAUAGGGGUGUAACCACUACUGAGCCACGCUAGUCAACUGGUGACCACUUGGACAUAAGCUUCAUCCUCAUUACUUCUGAUGGGUGAUACGAUCCAUCCAAAUGGCCACCAGUCUAACGUUCCCUAUUCUUUUCUAUCUUCUUGUUUUUUCUUGCCUGGCCAACUUUUCUUGCUGGUCGGUCCAUCUUUUCCUUACAUCUAUCCGAAUAUAUGUAUAUUUAGACCAAUCGAGAAUGCAAACGAAGUAUGGUAAUAUACCUGCUAAUAUUGAAAGCGUCUACUUGGAGUUAGAGAAGCACGAAACUAAAAUAUUAACAUAACAGGCUGCUCUUCACCUCCUAUGCCGACGGUUGUAACUCAGUGACAAGACGCUGCUAUUGCUGCGGCUACUGCGACUUGUCAACCUUCUCCAACUUGUUCAAUUUUACGCACUAAGGUAUCAAGGAAAUGCCUGAUGGCUCUCAGGUCUGACAACUUUAGGCUAAAAAAUAACCAGGUCAACAUAGUUUCCAACUGCGAAAUUUUGUCUGGUAUUCGUUAGAUCAACAUUUGUAAAUCAUCAAAAGAAUGCUAAAAUACCAAUCUAGUUUUUGAAUUGGUUACGUCCAUGUUGCUUGACUCAUUUUGAUUCCGCGCAGUCAUGGCUAGGCUGUUAACUAUGGGCCUGUUGCCUCAGUGUCUGUUAACCUCUGAAGGAGCCUUGUCCCUUCCAUGGCGAAGACGAGAUAUGGUCUCGCCAUCAGCACCUUCAUGAAGAUCUUCACAAUGGACUUGUCUAUUUUGUGAGUAUUUCAGUAGUGUGAAGUGACGCGUCGAGAGUCGCAGCAGCAGCAGCGAGCAACCGCUACGUUGCUUCUCCCGUGGCAUCGAUGCGACGCCCUGGUGUCCAAUGUACCCCCUCUGAACCAUCGAUGCGUUUAUUCGCGUUGUGACUUGGAAGAUAUUCGUCUCUAAGUCAUGGUUUUAUUUCUUCGUACGUAUUUAUCUUGUAUUUAAUGCGAUGGUUGAUGUGUUUUAUUGUCAUUAUAGUGAACACACUUUUCCGUGUGGUUGUAUUUUUUCGCUAUUAAAAUGGCUCUUGAAUACUGCUCCCUAUUAGAUGUUUUAGGGACACAUUUUUCGAUUUUUCUUUAAUUUGUUUCGCUUGUGAUACGGAAGUAUUUUUCUAGUCUUCAUUUCAGUCAUAGAAUUAUGAGUUCUUAGUUCUAGAUGCAUUUAAGUUUAUUCAUUUACGUGUUAUUCCUUUUUUCUAAGUAGUUUGAUAUGAUUUCUUCAUCGGAAGCAUUUUUCUUUUCCUUGUAUUAACGAGACUUUUAUGUUAUUCAUACUUAACAAAUAAAAGUUUUUGUUUCUUUACUUUGCAGUUUUUUUCAGUUCCUUUAAUUUUGUUUCAUUGCUGACUAAUUACGUUAAUUGAUGAUAGCGAUGUCAUUUUUGCUUCUUCGUUUAUUGACAUUAUGCUUUGGCAUGCUAAUUUUCUUGCUAUACAAUAGAUGAGGAUGAGAGAGCCGCAACAACCUGCUCUCUUGUUCUCUCCUUAAGUCAUCAAGUUUGACUAGAAUUGCACCCUCGGAUAAUCAGUCGUUAAGUUUCUGUCUUGUUGCGCUUAACCUAGCCAAGUCUGACAGCCUGUAAUACCCACAUCCCCUCGGAUUUUGGGGCACAAAAGAAAUGUGGAACUGUGGAAGAGAAGAGUUGAGCGCAAGCUCCUAGACGAUAUUAUAUCAUAGUGUGUAAGAUGGAAGAAAUGGCAGUCUAUUCAACAGCUCUUUGAAGGCAGCAGACGAAUCUGGAUUUGUUUCCGAUGGUGGAAUCGAUAAGUUCACCGCACGCAGGCAAAGGCGCUUCUGACAUCCGAUUACGAGAGAGAAUGAGAGAGUAGCCUGUCGGUCAUUUAAUGUCUAUAUGUUUAGUUGAUGGUUAGUGUUAUGUUUUAUUAUUGUUAGGGGUUUUGAAGAAGAAUCUCAUAACAAACACAUACCAACUCAGAGUCACUAAGCGGCUAUGUCACAAACUGAUCUGGAAAAUAAAGAAGGGUUUUCUAAUGGUGUUGUUUCUAGGGAAGGUUGCAACCACGUGUAAGUUGCUAUCAUGGUAAGCGAUAAGAAAAACUUCCAUGCAAACCUAAAGAUAUCUUGAUAAAUGUAUCUAUUUUUGUACAGAAAUUUAGAUAAAGAACCCCUACUUAACAUUCCUGCAUCAAUUGAUAUGUAAGUUAAGAGUAAGUAGCUGGCAGUGUUGUCGAUUUCGAAUGAAAUGUUGAACUUUCUACCUCCGUAUUGGAACAUAAAAAUGCAGCUGUUCUUCAGAUUUGCUACUGAAUCUAAAACCAAACGAUUCACUUAAUGUCUGAACGCAACUGUCUUCACAAACAGAUCAAGUUUCUGUCAUGAUGUAGGAUAACGAGUUGAUGAGCCGCGAUCAUUUAGAGUACGAUGUACUAGAUGACGUCCGUACGCAGGUAGAAGGUUUAGUGUUGAACAAUAUUUGCCAGAGCACCCGUUACAGCCCGGCACACUCCAUUCAUAAGUCCCCUGAAUGUGCUCUCUCCGUAGGGCCAGGAACGGACGUGUGUCCAUCGAGAUUCUCUAGGCAGAGUUUGCCUACCGACCCACACUGGCUAUCCUUGAGUAAACUGGGGGUACCGGGAGGCAAUAUUAAACCUUCUUAUACUUAAAGAAUGCCAACCAAAGAUGUUCACUGGUAUUUCUUGAAAUGUUUGUACUUAAAUUGAAUGCUAGUGUUACUCGAAUGAGAUGAGAGCUAUCUAUAUUUCAAGUUUAGCCUAUUUGAAAAGAGCCAUUUAUGACCACUAUGUUGAACUUCAAGAUGCGAGUUACCUCAGUCGGCUCCAACUACAUUAGUCGCAAGUAACUCAUUGUAGACAUUCUAUUGACUUUCUGAAAAGUUAUAGUAGUUCAGCUAUAAUAGUAAAAAAGGCAUGAGUAAUUACGGCAGUAGAUUAGACAAGCCAUUUUUUGAGUCCUGUUUCAAAAUAAAUUUUCUCUAUUGAAUUUCUUUAUCGAUCACAGGGAUGUGUAUAAACGUAGCACAAAGUGAGAAGCGUCUGGAUUCUUUAUGAGAGUGUCGCGUUCGAUGAGAAGUGUAUUGUUUAGAGCCGUUAAAAUCCAACACCCAGUGUGCGUGAUGGUAUUUUUUCUAAGAGACUUUUAAAGACCCUGUGAGGAUCUGCUGCUGUCCCUACCUCUUCCCUGUCUCCCUUCCCGCCCUACUAUGAAUGAAUCAACGAAGUAGACUAAUGUUGAAUCUUGUGCUACUUGUUAUGUAUAACUAAUUAUGAAUGAUAAAUCUCUUGGUGAUGUUUCUGCUGCAGACCGUCUCCAAACAUUCCGGUCGAUUGCGUCACAAAGCACUCUAGUUAAGUCGACUUCAAGAGAGGUCCAGUUCACUGACUGGUGGAAGGUACCUUAUCAACUAGUGUGGCCUGGCCGAUCAGUAUUCUCUUGCUAGUUCGUUGCCAUGCGUAGAAGCUAAUCGAAAUUCUGCUAUGCUUUCAAUAUACUAUCUAUUUAGCUUUAGGGGCUUCUGUAAUGGAAAGGAUAUAAAUUUUUUCUGAGACGUCAUGUCAUUUUUGUUUGAUACGCGCGCAAAGAAAGCUUUGAAAAAUAAGGGAAUGUUUGAUUAAGUCCUAUCUCUGCAUCAAAUUAAUUGUACUGUAGUUGCUAGACCUCCGUUGAGUCCAGUCGUUUGGUUAGUGUAAGUUACGUCACGCCUCUUCUAACUAUUAUCACUCUAAUUCUUCUACUGAUUGAGCGUUAGUCACUUCUGUAGUUUGAUUUUUCUUCUGGUAAAUCAAUUGACUGGGAGCAGCAAGUUCAUAAAUGCCUAAUUCUGUCGUCGGACCGAGUUAUGUUAAUACCGGCGCGAAGACAAAUUCGUCGUUUGGUUCACUCGUACGAUAAUGAUCUCGACAAAUGAUACUCACCGUUUACGGUUGUAUUUGCUCUUAAGAAAAACUCAUUAAUAAUGGAUGCAAAUUUGCUUGUAGUGGUCAUGACUCAGCUGUGCAGUGUCUGUUUUAGGCGCCACGUCGAGGUCAUCUCACUCCAGCACCGUAUCAAACUGCUCGACUUUCUCUUGUGUAAAAUGCUCGGAGCAACAGAUGCUGGUUGGGAAUACAAUUUUGAAAUAAAGUUAAUUAUCUGCAUGAGAGUGAGAUGGUCUCUACGAAGGUGUGUAUGUGUCGUCAUCCAUAUUUGUAUGUUGCUGGGGAUCAAGUAGAACACACUCAUUCAACUACGGAUGCUCGAAAGUCAAGCAGCCAAAAUUGAACCCAAUGUCAACCAUUUCAAGGAAAAUGUAAAUUCGGUAGCAAACUCUUUUAAUCGACAUGCACCCCUUGCCAAGAUUCUGAGUUCUGAAUUUUUGUACUUUGACUCCUGCCCAAACGAUGCGCCAGCUGACGCGGCAGCACCUCACUCGCUGGUUAUGAAACGAAAGCCGAUGGGUUCAAGGGAUCACCUCGUGUCUAGCAUCGUACGUACGUAAUUUCUAAUGUAUUAUUGUCUCUUUGUCAUCUUGUAUAUUAUUCAGGUCUAGUUUUGAAUAUUGUUAUUCCUAUUAUUCUGAGAGGAAGGCGUGUGACGAGGAGAGCAGCACAUAAAUGACAAAAUUAAAACGGUAAACCUUGUCCAGAGCUUUAAAUGCUCCAUUGAGAAUUUUUUAAAUCAAGUUCUUCUCUCCUCGCGCCAUGCUGUUCCGUGUGUCACUUCUAUUUAUUGUAUAUGUAAUGUAAACUUUUCUCCGGUUUGUGUGUUGUAGCCUAUAGGUUAAAUCCUCAUCUUCUUUCUAACGCCGCCUUGCUCUAUCCUGGCUACUGCAGUAGUACGCGGUGUCAACGGCGACAGCGGUAGCGAAGUCUGCUCUCUCUCUCUAGCCGCAUCAUUUACACCAUCUAAUAUUCUUUGACUAACUCGCGCCUGCUUGCAAACAUUCGUGCAAUAUUAGUGCUCAAUCCAUUAGCUGUUAUGCCUUGUAUGAUUCUCAUAUCUGUUCAUUGAACGAAGCAUGACUUACCGUCAUCUACCUGCUAAUACUCGUAAUGUAAGCAAGCCCGGAACUCGUUCUUUAAAGUUUCUGGCUUGUUACUAGUCCACGCUCCUGUAGUUGCAUUAUAAUUUAUCUCAGAAGCAUUCGAUGAUCUAUAUAUAGUAAGAGGACUGACUGUAUAGGACCAAUUUAGUCAGGAAUUCUUCCAAUGCUCUCUUGAACUUGGUAUGGCCGAUUUAUUGGUUUCGAGCAUGCAUAUGCAUUGAUUUAGUGCUGCUGCUGCUGCUGCUGCCGCCGUCGUUACUGCUCCUAAGCUGCCCGCUUGUCUGUAACUUAUGGUUUCCAGUCUUUAUUCGUCCCUGGCGUAAGAGUCUUCUUGCAACUACUCCAGCUCAAGGUACUGAGGUCUAGUACAUCUGCAGUAGCUGAUUCUUUUAAUGUUGAUAGCAAUUAAUGUUAUUGCCAUUUCGAUUCUAUCUGGAGAUAGGCCAAAAUAUCUUCGCUUAACUACUCCUAAAGGCGCUUGUACUCUUCCGUCGUUGCUCUACGAAAAGCAAUUCCAGAUUAAGAGCACGGGACUCGAAAAAUCGCCGCGGGUGUAAGAAAUCUCCGCAUUUCGUGAGCUGGAGAAGUGGCAUGAGGAGGGAAGAUUGCACCUCUUGGUAUUUCGUCUCCAGAUGUCUCUAGCACGUAAGUCUUUUAUCUUGGUAAUUAUCAUUAUGAUUAUUUAGAGUAAUCUUGUAUUGAGGCAUAUAGCAUCAGCGCUUCUCUAAUUUACCGUAGAAUAUUAAUCUUGUAUUUAAUGUAUAAUUAGUAUAUGUUUGCUUGUUUACCUUACUAAGUGCUGAGGCAUCAGUCUCUUUCAUUUACUAUUCGUUCGGUGUUUGUGCGCGCUGAUAACUUAUUUUCAACGCACUAUGAGAAAUGAGAUAGGCGAUUCUCUUACCGACAGCCAAGAGAAUGUAAAGUUGCAAUUCACUCUCAUCCAUCGAAUCAGUCUAUUGAGACUGACCAUCAUAGAUACAAUUGUGGAGUACUUUGUGUUGGGUUAGUCGAGGAUUAGUUGAGUGCUAGAGCCUACCACCAUUGCUAUCAUCUUACUGUGGCACCAUAGCUGGACUGCCUUUACUUCUGUCCCAUUAACUUGGGUUAUUUGUCUUUUAUCAGGUGUAAUACUAUGCUUCUAAUGCUUGUGUCCUUCUUAAUAACUGGUUAGCUAUGAGUUUUUCUUGUGUCGUGCAUUUGUGUUGGAUUACCCAGUUCUAGUCGGAGGCACUAUCUUAGGUUAGCGCUCUCUUGUAGAUUAUAUGGAUGAUUGGCAUUUUGUGUAGCUACAGAUAAUCCUAGCAGCCUUGCCUCUUCUAUCUCAUUUGGUUCAGCGCCUGGUCGAUGCCCCGUCUCUUUAUCUUGUGCUUUUUUCGUGGUACAUGCCGGACCUUUGUAUCUGGCGCCCGUUCUCAUUUGUUAGGUAAAAGGAUGGUCAUCAGAUGGAGUGAGGCACUUGCUUUUCAAGUACCAGCCUCCACCUUUUGGCUCUCUUGUUGAGAUCAUGUCGAUUCACUUUAAGGAUCGCUAUCAAUGAUACCUUACUGCGUGUCGUGAGAUCUCUUCAACCCAACUAUUCAUUCACCAGUGAAUCGAACCGAUAUUGAGCUUAGGUGAAUCAAUUGAUCUUCGCCAAUGAUUUGAUGAUGUAACCGGUAAAAACUUGCAAUUUACAGUGAAUAUUGACACAGAUUGAUUGAACACUACAGAGCUUUUGUCAACACUCAGCAGCAUAAACUCCCAUUACGGUUCACUGGUGUUCUUGAUAUAGCUGGCGACAAAUUUAGGAUCUUUUAGUUGAUUCUUCAUACUCGCCGUGUGCGUACUCGUGCUAUUUGCUUAUUUUGGCCCUAUCAGCAAGCGAGUUCUCGGUCAAGACCCGAAAAUAUUUAGAAAAAGUUGAUCAGAGCGCGAAGUCCAAAAGUACCCUAUAUUGCUUGGAGAAAAACUGAAACGAUGCGUGUGUGUUGCUAUGGGAACCACUCGAUCCUCGUAAGGCUAUAAUCGGACCCUUCAUCGCUCGGUACGAUGAUCACCAUCAGUGCGCACCAAGUCCUAACCACUUUGGCCAGUGUCGGAACUUAGCGUCCCUGGUGCCUCUAACCUCAUUUUUUCCUGUUGUCGUCGUUACGCACAUACGGGCAAGGAAGCUCAAUAGUGCGAGCGUUACGAAGACGUUCAUGCUCCCGGUCGCACAAACGCAGUACUUUCUAGAAGUGCACUGCUUGCUCUCAAGGGAAUGAAAAAACGAUGGAAGGGUUAAUUCUGGGUGACGUUGUUCCGACACUGAUCGAUUCCCUCACUAAAUCCCCUUGCUAUUGGGAUGCAGCGGUCUCCCCUCGUCUGUCAUGUGUCCCUACUAUUGUACUCACCCUCGACUUAGCGUUGCUCCUGAUCAAUUUUUGUACACCAGCGAUGCAGAGAAGUCUUGUUGUUUCCGAAGGUAGUUUUGGUUGUAUUGCAAUAUUUGUACUUUUCCAUGUUGAAACCUUAUACAAUAAAUUAUUGCAAGAUAUGUUUAA